AUGGCGUCUCCUCAUCGCCUCAUCACGCCGAAUCUCAAACUCUCGCAAUUGAAAUACUGGGCUUUUCUCACGGGGAUGCCGAUUACCAACACCAAGACUGAACUCCUACGAGCUCUUCGGGAACAAGUAAACGGUGGGAUUUCCCGGGAGCGUAGUGAUGUCCUGAGUGUGGAUAUGGGGAUUCGGAAUCUGGCAUUCUGUAAGAUUCGAACGGAGGAGAAUGAGAAUGGGCUGGAUGGGAGGAUUCGUGUGGAAGUCUGGCGGAAGAUGGAUUUGAUCGGGAUGAUUGAGGAGAAUAUGAAGAAGAAGAAGAAGAAUGGGAAAGCCGUGGACGACAUAGAAGAAGAGGGUGAAGAGGAGCAUGAUGAAAUCCCAGCAAACGAAAAUGUGCAACGCGGAAAGCUUGCAGCCGAUGCUUUCACGCCUGCCAAUCUUUCCAAAGUGGCUACAGCCGUCACUAGCAAGCUUCUGGAAUACGAACCAUCCGAGAUUCUGAUUGAACGACAGCGGUUCCGGUCGGGCGGUGCGGCUGCGAUUCAGGAAUGGACCGUUCGCGUGAAUAUGCUCGAGAGUAUGCUGUGGGCUUGUCUGGAAACGAGGCGAGAGGAUGCGCAUGCGCAAUCUGAAAGGGAAAACAACGCUUCAUCCGAAGAGCGGGUGCAGAAAGCGGUGGAAUUCCCAAGUACCCACGCCGUCAGUCCCGCGCGAGUGAGUUCCUUCUGGACCAUGGGGACGGAUCUCCCAUUGCGGCCGCCAGCGGGGUUUCUGCAGGGUGCGACCCAGCCUGCCUUCCCUCCUGCUGCGCGAACCAGGCAGAAAGCAAUCGAUAUCAAAAAGGCCAAAAUCGACGUCGUCAAGUCUUGGGUUGCGGGGGAUGCGGAUGUGCAGUUGGACUUCAGCAGCCGAGAAGCUGCCGAGAGCGCCGAGUUUUUCCAGACUGAAACUGCGUCGAAAUCAAAGUCUUCCGAUAGGGCUGCGAUUGGCAAGUUGGAUGAUCUGGCGGAUUCGUUGUUGCAAGCGGUGGCUUGGGUACGGUGGAGGGAGAACGCGAGGGAGAUCUUGCGGAUGUGGAGGGAAGUUUCUCGUUGUGGGGAUGUAGAAGGCGGGGAAUUUACAGGGGGAAAAAGAGGGUGA